AUGAAGUCCGCCACUAUCCUCGCGGCUGUCGUCGGUGGCGCCGCCGCCGCCCUGAGCCCCCGCGGUCCGGACGCCGCUGGCCAGAUUCGCCUGGCGUACCACGGCGACGACGGCAUGGUCGUCAGCUGGAACACGUUUGAGCACGUCGCAGGGCCCGAGGUCAAAUGGGGUCUUUCCAAGGACAACCUCAACAACACGGCGUCCUCGGACACGUCCAUCACCUACCCGACGUCGAGCACCUACAACAACCACGUGCUCGUCGCCGGCCUCGCGCCGGGCACCACGUACUACUACCUGCCCUCGCCGCUGCCGCAGGGCAGCCAUGAGCCGUUCACCUUCACGACGGCACGCGCCGCCGGCGACGCGCAGCCGUACUCGGUCGCCGUGGUCAUUGACCUCGGCACCAUGGGCCGUCUGGGCCUCACCGACCACGCCGGCAAGGGCGCGCGCCCGGAAAACAUCCUCAAGCCCGGCGAGAAGAACACCAUCGACUCGCUGGCCAGCACGAGCGCCGGCUGGGAUUUCAUGCUGCACCCGGGCGACAUUGCCUACGCCGACUACUGGCUCAAGGAGCAGAUUGCCGGCUUCCUGCCCAACACGAGCAUCGCCGACGGCCACACCGUCUACGAGGCCAUCCUCAACGACUUUUACGACGAAAUGGCCGUCGUCACCGAAAGCAAGCCGUACAUGGUCGGCCCGGGCAACCACGAGGCCAACUGCAACAACGGCGGCACCACGGACAAGGCGCGCAACAUCACCUACGACGUGAGCAUCUGCUCCCCCGGCCAGACCAACUUCACCGGCUACAAGAACCACUUCCGCAUGCCGAGCGACGUCUCGGGCGGCACCGGCAACUUCUGGUACAGCUUCGACCACGGCAUGGCGCACUUUGUCCAGCUCGACACCGAGACGGACCUCGGCCACGGCUUCCUCGGCCCGGACGAGACUGGCGGCGACGCCAACGAGGGCGCCAGCCCCGUCAACGCCACCCUCAACGCGCAGGCCGACUGGCUCGCGGCCGACCUGGCCGCCGUCGACCGCGCCAAGACGCCGUGGGUCGUCGUCGCCGGCCACCGCCCCUGGUACCUGAGCAAGAAGAACGAGACGGGCACCAUCUGCUCGUCCUGCAGGGACGUCUUUGAGCCGCUCUUCCUGCAGCACGGCGUCGACCUGUACCUCUCCGGCCACGCGCACGUCUACGAGCGCCAGGCGCCCCUGGCCGACGGCAAGGCCGACCCGCGCGAGCUCGAUAACCCGGCGGCCCCGUGGUACAUUACCAACGGCGCCGCGGGCCACUACGACGGCAUGGACGACCUGCUGCCGAGGCGCCAGAGCUACAGCCGCUUCGCGCUCGACGUCAACAACGCGACGUAUGGGUGGAGCAGGCUGACGUUUCACAACUGCACGCACAUGACGCACGACUUCAUCGCCAGCAGGAACGACUCGGUGCUGGACACGGCCACGCUCUUCAAGGACCGCAAGUGCAGCUUGCAGCAGCACGGCAAAGGCAGCCAUGGCAAUGGUACUGCUCCCACGGUGGGCGGCGGCGGUGGCGGCGGUAACAGCACUACCGGAGGACAUCAUCCCAACGGCACCGUGUCGCAAACAACGACCUGCUCUGGGCCGGGCGGUUCGGCGACUGCCUCGCCCAAGAGCCCUGGUGCGUCGCACACCAGCACGGUCCCUCCAACGAGCAGCUCCGGCUCGUAUGUCGCAGCUUCCAUGACGGUGCUUGCGCUGUUUGGGCUUCUUACUUGCCUGUAA